AUGCAAUGCGUACAAGCUCUGCUUGAAGAGGACGAGGAAGAAGAAGCUUUAUUCGAUAUACUGUAUCUACUACGGCCACCAGGAGCAAAUAUAAAACGUAAACACGGUGGAUCGGUGCCAGGACGCUCUCCAAACAAGCGCCGCGACUGGCAUGGGCGGCACACUCGAUUGCUCCAACAAUACUUUGGCCCUGACCCCAUAUUUGAAGAGGCUGUUUUCCGCAGGCGCUAUCGAAUGUCAAGACGCUUCUUUUCUCAUAUUGCACAUAGUGUAACGAAUCACGACACUUACUUUGUUCAGAAACGAAAUGCAGCGGGUCUAGUGGGAAUAUUCACUUUCCUGAAGAUCACGGCCGCGCUAAGAGUUCUUGCAUACUCUUCAUCUUUUGAUGCUAUUGAUGAAAAUUUAGAGAUUGCUGGACCUACAGUCAGUCAGUGCAUCGAUCACUUUUGUGAUGAAGUUAUUGCUGUUUUCGGUGAUGAGUUUUUGCGUCCACCACGUAAGGAGGAACUAGAACGUCUUCUUAAACAGAACGAACGUCGUGGCUUUCCUGGAAUGGUCGGUUCGAUCGACUGUAUGCAUUGGGUAUGGAAGAAUUGCCCAAUGUCGCUGGCUGGCCAACACAAAGGAAAGGAAAAGAAGCCUACAAAAGUCCUUGAGGCAGUCGCGGACUAUGACUUGCGAAUUUGGCAUUACAAUUUCGGUUCUCCUGGUUCGUUGAACGACAUUAAUAUUUUAGAGCGGUCCCCUCUCUUUGACAGCAUGCUUCGAGGCGAAGCACUGCAAGUCACGUAUACUGUCAAUGGCAACUCUUAUGAUACACCCUAUAUGCUGGCGGAUGGAAUUUAUCCUGAAUGGUCGGUAUUUGUAAAGUCAAUCGAGAAGCCGAUAGAUAAAAAGCGCAAGAAUUACUCAAAGUAUCAAGAAGAUUGUCGGAAAGAUGUAGAACGGACCUUCGGGGUGAUUCAAGCGCGGUGGAGGAUUCUAGAUACGCCAUGUGAACUUUGGAGCACUGCCAAAAUGGACAAAGUGAUGCAUGCAUGCAUCAUCAUGCACAACAUGAUUGUGGAAGAUGAGCGUCACUUACGGGAUUCAGAUCGAAUCGACUUUCUAUUUGAUGUUCGUAAUCAGCCUGGGGGACUUCCGGAAUUUACAGUAUCGCGACCGGCUCGUGCUUCGGGUCACGACACUAUCGAGCAAUUGAUUGUCCACACUUCGAAGCUACGGAACGCACGUGCCCAUGUGCGUCUCCGCGACGAUUUAAUCGAGCACCUUUGA